ACCAGAAGAAGUAACAGACAGUCUUCAAAGUUGCAAGGUUCUGUUGUUGGCGAUUGUUUUUACUCCGUAAGCUGUUAUUUUCUAACUCAUUUGUUUCACUGCAAGUAUGUGUUGAUUUGAUUAAAAGUUAGUUGAGUGUCUUAUACUUUGAAUUUAUCAUCAUAAAUUGUAAAAUCGGUGGUGGAGCUGUGGUCCUAUUGUUGUGUUAUGGACAAGGCAUGGGUGUGGCUUCCAAGGGCUAGCCGAGAGUAUGUGGAAGGAGGAACAAAUUUUGUGACUGCAUCAUCAAGGAGGUUGGGGAAUCCAUCUGAAAUUUUCUGUCCCUACAUCGAUUGCCGCAAUGUUUGCCAUCAACUUGUAGACACAGUAGUGGACCAUCUUGUGAUCAAGGGUAUGGAUAAGAAAUACAUGAGGAAUUCGUGUUGGAGUAUGCAUGGUGAAAGAAAGUCUGAUAUUUCUGAUAGUGUUCCCACAUCAGAAACUGAGGCUUAUGAUUUGCGUAGGACGGCUUAUUUUACUGGUGAAGGCAGUCCAGAGCCAUUAAACAACAUUGGAGGAGAAACUGAGGAGGGUGAAACUACAGAAGACUCUGAGUUUAGGAAGAAGUUGAGAGAUGUUGAAACUCCAUUAUACUCGACGUGCUCUAAUUACACCAAAGUUUCUGCGAUAAUGGGCCUUUACCGCAUCAAAGUGAAGAGUGGAAUGUCAGAGAACUAUUUUGAUCAGCUAUUGACGAUAGUCCAUGACAUGCUUCCUAAAGACAAUGUUCUGCUAAAGUCUACAGAUGCAAUGAAGAAGUUCUUGAAGAUUUUUGGGUUUGGAUAUGAUGUCAUUCAUGCAUGCAAGAAUGACUGUAUCCUCUAUCGGAAACAGUUUGAUAAGAUGGAAAGCUGUCCUAGAUGUAGUGCUUCUAGAUGGGAAAUGGAUAAGCAUAGUGGUGAGGAAAAGAAGGGUAUUCCAGCGAAGGUCCUUAGAUAUUUUCCAAUCAAGGACAGAUUUAGGAGGAUGUUUAGAUCAAAAAGGAUUGCUGAGGAGUAGCGUUGGCAUUCGAGUAAUGCAAGUGAAGAUGGUACAAUGAGACACCCUGUUGAUUCUAUAUCUUGGGCUCAGGUGAAUCAGAAAUGGCCAGAGUUUGCUCUUGAUCCAAGAAAUCUUCGUCUCGGUCUUUCUACAUAUGGGAUGAACCCUUUCUCCAUUCAGAACUCCAAGUAUAGUACUUG